AUGAAGCCCCGGAGCACGGUGGAGACGCUCCUGAGAGCCCUGGGGAGAAGAGAAAGUGCCCGAAUACCAAGUAGCUGCCGGCCUGGGAAGGUGUCGGAGCCUCACAACUUCAAAGAGAAGGUUUUUAAGAAGAAGAAAAAGGCAUGUAUAGUCUGCAAGGAAUCCAUAGAAGCCCAAGGGCUUGUGUGCAGAGUGUGCAAAAUGGCAAGCCAUAAAAAAUGUGAAGCCAAGGUGCCAUCUUCCUGCCAGCCCCUCCCUCCGAGUGAACUGAGACGGAAUACAGCCCCAGUCCGGCGCAUUGAACAUUUGGGCUCCACCAAAUCCCUCAACACUGCAAAGCAACGGAACACAUUGCCCAGAAGCUUCAGUCUGGACCACGUAAUGGAGCGCAAGUAUGAUUUUGACCUCAUCUACAUCACCGAACGUAUCAUCUCUGUGUCUUUUCCUCCUGCUUUGGAGGAACAACGUUACCGCAGCAAUCUCCGAGAGGUGGCGCAAAUGUUAAAAUCCAAGCAUGAGGACAAGUAUCUGCUCCUCAACUUGUCAGAGAAACGCCAUGACAUCAUCCGGUUGAACCCCAAGGUGCAAGAUUUUGGCUGGCCAGAUCUGCAUGCUCCACCUCUGGACAAAAUUUGUUCCAUCUGCAAAGCCAUGGAGACCUGGCUAAAUUCAGACCCUCAGCACGUGGCUGUCCUUCACUGCAAGGGCAACAAGGGCAAGACGGGUGUGAUCGUAGCCUCUUACAUGUACUACAGCAAAAUCUCUGCAAGUGCAGACCAGGCCCUCAGCACACUAACCAUGCGCAAGUUCUGUGAAGACAAAGUAGCUGCCUCCCUCCAACCAUCGCAGAAGAGGUAUAUUCAUUAUUUCAGUGGGCUUCUCUCAGGCACCAUCAAGAUGAACAGCAAUACACUUUUUCUGCAUCAUGUUCUGCUCCCAGCCAUUCCGACUUUUGAAAGUGGAGGAGGUUAUCAACCUUUCCUAAAGAUCUACCAGUCCAUGCAAUUGGUCUAUACCUCUGGGAUCUAUAGCCUCCAUGGGGCCAGUGGAACUCAGAAGAUCUGUAUCACCUUAGAGCCAGCCUUGCUCUUGAAGGGAGAUGUCAUGGUGAAAUGCUACCAUAAGCAGCUGCAGGGAGGAGAGCGAGAUGUUGUGUUUCGGGUCCAGUUUCACACUUGUACCAUCCACAGCACCCAACUCUGGUUCAGCAAAGAUGAGUUGGAUGAAGCCUGGAGAGAUGAAAGAUUUCCCUUUGAAGCAAGUGUGGAAUUUGUCUUCUCUUCUAGUCCAGAGAAAAUUAAAG